CUUGCCAUUUGCCAGUUAGUCUACUCAUUGAAAUGUUGGAGUCAUGAAAGCGCUUAACAGAGGCGCGUUUUACUAAGAAGGGAAGCUGGUCAUUUCAACAAUGUUAAAGAGACGCUUACUCUGAAUUUUGCAUGCUUUGUAGCAAAAAUAAUCGAACAUCCACCACUACGCAAAAAUAGAUCUGCAGCUAAUACUCAAAAUGUGAAGGCAAACCAUUCAGUGAACUACUUGACUACAUCAGUAGAGGGGAGAUCACUGGCCAAGAUGGAUGCCCAGGAAAAAGAGACUUCAAGGGCUAAAGAGAGUGAAAAUGGUGAACCCAGUGUAACACAGGCCAUUCCUGAUAAACAGACAAAACUCCGCAGUAUUCCUGCUGUCGUUGUAAGGAAUGAAAACAAUGACAUCAUAGAGCAAAUGGAUGAGCCCAGUGUGGAUUUCUCACAGACAGUAAGAAGGAACCUGAAAUCAAAACUCAUCCAGAGAGCCAACAGCCCUGUGAAGGAGCAGACAGACAAAAUUCAGGAGACUCUGUCAGAGAAUUCUGAGUCGGGAAGUGAGGAGGGAUUGUCUGACUCCAGUGACACUGAGAGAGAAACAGCAGCUACAGGGCUGGGGAGGGUUGGAGAGGAGGGUGUCUCCACAACAGUUAGUACCCAAGUGAAUGAAGGGGAACCUGCUGCAGGUACAGAUCAAAUGGCAGAUGAAGAAGCAGACAAAAGACAUGGUGUUGAAGAUCAAGUACCAGCUAUAGAAAAAGAAAGGGAAUCUAAUGUAGAGGAUGCAAAAGAACCUGUUUUAAUGGAAGCGUCAAUGGAAAAUCAAACAGAAAAGAAUGAUAUCAAUAGGGAGGAAGAGGAAAAGCAGAGGGAGGAUACUGAAGUGGGGGCAAGGACUGAAGAUGGUGAAGAGAGGACAAAAGAAAUUGGAAAACAAACAGAAAGUUCAUUGGAAGAAAAUAAAGCAGAAAAAGUGGAAACAGUUGAGAAAGAGAAUGCAGAAAAAGAUGUUUCCACUCCAAAAGAUAACUUAGUAAAUGAUAGUGCAAUUGAAAAAGAAAAUACAGAAAAUGUUGAUGGGAAAAAUGUUAUAGAACAAGAUGAAACAAAUCUAAAGAUAAAUACAGUUGAAAAAGAUACGGUUGAGAAGGAGAAUUUGGUGGAAAAGAAUGAUGAAAUUGAAAACAAAGGUGGAGAAAAUAAUAAAGAUUAUGACCAACCAACCAUAACAGAUACUGAGACAAAAGAUAACAGUGAGGAAGCUGCAAAAAGUACAGAACGCUUAAAUAAAGGAGAAAGUGAAGUUGACAAAUCCUUAAACACAGGUGAUUUUUCUCAGUUCAAUCUGACCCAGCCCUCUACAACUACAACAGUAUCACCCACUAGUGCCUCUACAGCUCCACCUCCCCCACUGAUGAUCCCAGCGCUUGGGGUGGCGGUUAAUCCAGCCAGUAUUCCUUUGAUGGGCCAGUUCCCAAGAAAUACUGCAGAUCUCAAUACAGUGGCAAUGCAGCAGUUCCAGCAAUUCAAUGUCCGCCCAUCUGUGGCCAGCUCAAGUGCUCCACUGACUCAUGUUGUGUACACUCCAGGAAUAGGCCCAGUUUACCCUGCUGGUAUGAAUAUUCAGACAUCGGCAAACAGAUUUCCUGUGGCAAACCAAACUGUGAAUGUCAUCCAUACUGGUCACUUACCACAAGGCAAUCACAGAUUUAUCACAGGAGUUCCUCUUGGCAUUGUGCCUUUAGUACAAAGUACCAACAUUAGACCAGUGCUCCAUCCACAAGUACCAGGUGUUAUACAACCAGGGACACAGGAAACCCAUAUAACAAGUGUUCCAGCACUUAUUCAGGCAUCAGUAUCUCAACCAUCUAUGCAGGCAUCAUCUCAGCCUGCAACUAAUGUAACUGGUCAGCAAGCUGUUACCAACCACCCUCCACAAUUUCCAGCUUCACAGAUAUCAGCAUUUUCACCUUCAACCCAGAUGCAAACUAAUACCGGUGCUAUGCAACCACAGACAAACAUCCCAGUAGGACAACACUUUGUAUCCACCACAACUGUAGCACCAAAUAUUUUAUUAGCUAAACAAGCUCAAGUUAAACAGGUUGGCUCCCCAACAAAUCCAGUACAACAGAGAUCUCAGGUAACUGUCUCAAGCCCCCAACCUAGACCAGAAGGGACAAAGCCAGACACUGGUCCAGUGCAGCAGAAAGCAGAUGCAUCCACCUAUGUUGAUGAUGAUUCCAUUGACAUUUCUCUUGUGAAUAAGGUGAAAAUGUUUUAUUUUCAAUGUGAUAAGUGUACUUUUGUUACAAAAUCUGCUCAAAAUUUCCGUAGGCAUUACAUGCUUCAUUUGAACUAUAAACCCUAUGUGUGCUCUAACUGCGGAUUCCCUUCCUGCAACAAAUAUGGCUUCUCAAGCCACUUGAGGAAUCACCAGGAAUGUGCUGGACAGCACUUUGUGUACAAGAAAGAUAGUGAAGCUGAAAGACAGUUGGAAAGAAAUGUAAUUGCAUGUAAACAUCACAAAUGGGUGUCUGACGAAGAAAGUGAUAAAUCCUCGAAGGAACUUUUUGGUGAUCAAAGGAGAUUUCGUUUUACUACAAAAAGAUCUGAUCCAGUCAGUCCUGUUGCAGCUACAGUAAUUUCUGGUGAGAGCACUGACGAUUCUACACCUGAUGUGCAGGUGGGAGUGGUGAAGAAAACAUAUUCAGGAAAGAAGAAAAUCAGAGACAUCCUUGGAGAGAUGGAGAAUAAAACUAAAAGUUUACCCCAAUCCACUAAUAUAGAGGAUACGUCAAGUCCUUCCACCAAGGAGAACUCUGAGGAAACAAAGAAUAAUUUUGAAGAUUCUGAGUCGAAAAGUGAUCAUAUAUCAAAGAAGAAUGUUGAUGCAAGCCUUUCAAAAAGAGAAGGAAUUUCCUCUGCUCAACACAAUGAGGAAAUGUCCAUUGAUGCAUCUAAAAAUUUUCAGGAGAAAGAAGAUGAUUCUGAUGCAAUGAGUGACAUUAUAGAACCUUUGCCUGCAACCAAGAUCAACUCCCAAACCAGUGUAGGUGGACGUAACCACUCAAAAUAUUCAAGAAAGUCAGAAAGCACGCAGCAGAAAAAACAAUACAAAAAUAUGAAAUCUUCCUUCCUGCACAAAAACCUAAAAAAAGCCAAAAGUUUCAGUUUUCAUAAAAGAAAAAAGAAAUUUGCACGCAGGAAAAAACAGACAGAUAGAGUCCAGAAUUAUGAAAUUGUUGAUGAAAGCAACAUACUGGAUCUUCCACGAGUACGCAAGUUUAAAACCACAUUUGAUCCUAGUCCAGACCUCUAUAGACGGAGGAAGAAAGGACUUCUAAUGGAAGAAGAAUUUUUGAAGCCAUCAAAACCAAGCAUUCCAACCAAAUCAGACACAAAAGCCUCAGCUCUGUACUACAGAUGUCCCUACUGUGGUCAGUCUGCAGACAGUGCUAUGGGAAUCAAAAGGCAUGCCUUCUGGGUCCACAACAUGUGUGAAUACACCUGUAAUCUGUGUCUUUUCAUGUCCAUGUCAAAACAGGAAUGUCUGAAACAUUGCUAUGCAGAUCACCCUGGUACCUCUCCCGGUAUCAAAAGAUCAUUCUGCAAAACUAUGGAAGUGGAGGAGGUUGUUGAUGAUGGAGACACCCAAAACAAGGAGGAGGAGGAGAGCAGCCAAUCAGAAGAUCAGACGGAGGGCAGUGAAAAAGAGGCUGAUGAGAAAGAGGCUGAGGAGAGGGUUCAGCCCUCAGUCAAAGGAGCCCAGGAUUUCAGGUGUGUCAAAUGUGAUAUGAAGUUCACUCGGAAAGGAAUUCAAAUGCAUCUCUUACGCAUACACAAGGUAUUCAUGCAUAAGUGUCCGUACUGUACAUUUAUUAACAAAAAUAAAGAGGAUAUAAUGGAGCAUUGCAACACGGAGCACAAUGUAAAAAUCAUCAAGCCAGUACGUGUUACAUACAACCUUAAUCUUGGACAUGAACUGGUGGAAUUUCUCUCGAAGGAUAAAAAAGAAGUGAAAAAGCAUAACUUUUCGAAAGCUCUUACAUUUCAAAAAAGAUUGCAAAAGAAAGUGAAGAGGCCACUGAGCUCAAAAGCAACAUGUCCUUUGUGUGGAUAUAGUUCUAACAUUAUUGGUGUCCAGCGGCAUUUGGCAAUGAAACAUAAACUAAAGAAAUUACAAUGUGGGCGUUGUGGCCAUGUGACAUACAAUAAACCAGAGGCAGUGAAACACUCCAAAAAGGCUCACAAAGAGGACACGCCAUAUCUGUUGCGUGCCUUUGCAGAUAUUGAAACUGUGAAAGCAAUGUCCAGAGGUGAGCUGAAGAAAUGUGGUGCCACAAAUAUAUUAGAACUAAAAGAACAGGAGGAUUCUGAUGAAGAGGAAGAGAUUACAAGUAACAAAACAGAGAGUUCACCUAAAGUCCCUAGUGCUUAUGUUCCUUCACAGACAAAUACAAAAGAUGAGUGGGUGUCGUGUCCAAUCUGCUUUGCUGAGAAGCGGACUUUGAGAGGGAUAGAGCUACAUAUGAUGCAUUUACACAAGAUCUGUAACUGGUCCUGUGGCCGUUGUGGGUUUGCUUCCACAGAUAAAUAUGUGACAUUGCAGCAUUCCAUUGAUUUACACCAAGAUGAAGACCCUAUGAUUUCCAGGGCAUUGAUAAAUCUCAAUAGAUAUCUAGCAGAGAGAAACAUGGAACUAGACUACAGAACGACAAAGGCAAAUUAUAUGAAUGAAAAGAUGGAGAGCCUCAGCAGAGCAGAUCCAUACAAACCAGACUUUGAUGAUGACGACGAUGAAUCUGUAGAGGAAAGUUCUUACAGCAAAAAGAUGACGGUCAAAGAUCCAGAUGAAACAUCUCUUGAUUCCAGUGCGGUGGAGUCUUUCAGUCCAAAGAAAGCCUGGAAGAGAAGGUCAUGCAGUCCCAAAGGUUCAGACUACAGCAGUGCAGCCUCAGAAAAGGGCCCUCUGAAGAAGAACUUGAAGGACGUAGCAGCUUUGUCCAGAACUUCAGGGGGUGACUCGGUCGAGUCAGAUUCCACAGAGGACAGCUUCGUCACCAAAAAGAGACGUAAGAAGUGCCAUUUGGUGGCUAGGUCCUCCCCCAGUCUAGGAUUUACUCCCUCUUCGUAUGUUGUACGGCCCAAGGAUAUGAACCAACUAAGUCAAGGUUUUAGCUGUGUUUACUGUGUAUAUGCAGCCCCCCUCCGACAUCAAGUGCGCCUGCACUGCUAUGACAAGCAUACAAACCACCCAGCUUGCCUGAUGGAAUUCCAAGUCAGCGAGGAGGAAAAAUUCUUCCGCAGUGAUGGCGCUGACGAAGUUCAGCUGGACGUUUCUGAAGACAACAAUGGUGAUGUAAAGACUGAGGUAGAACCUGUGGCGGAGGGUAGUGGUGCGAAAAACACGGAUAAAUCUGUCAGUGAGACUGAAAGGAAUGGAGUCAGUGAUAUGGGUUCAUCAACGACAGAUGGAGGCGGGAAUGGACAGGUGAAGCGAAGUGACAGUUUAACAAGUGGAGGAGAAACAGAUACCGAUGAACUUCACUCCUCAGAUAUCAUAGACAAUGGCAGCAACCGAUUCCAGCGAGGAAGGAAGAGGAAAAUCAAAUUUGAUAACCCACUAAAAACUCUGGUGCACAAACUGAAUUCCACGCAGAUUAAUCUGGAGGACACGUUUCACGGCAGCCUUGACGACGUGGACUCGUUUCUAAACAAGUACGGAGUUCGAACUCUGAAUAUGGACAUGUUAACGCAGCAGCAGUUUUCUGACUUUAUUGAGCGAUUUGGGAGCAAUCUACAACCAGUCUAAUGUGAUUUUGUAACUUUGUUUCUGUUUUUGUUGUUUUUUUUAGUCAUUUUGUUUCUUGAGGUCGAUCAUUACACAACACCAUUGAAUGAAGAUAUUAUUUGUGCAUGCUUUAUUUAUGUAUUUUCCCACUGCUCAUAGGAAACUAAGUUGUUUUUUUUUCUCUGCAACAUAUGCACACUAGCGGCACCAUGUGUCAUAUAACUAUUAACUGUAUCCGAUUCAA